AUGCGAUCUAUACCUUUCUCGGCCUUUUGGCUAAGAUCAAGUGUAGUAUCUGUUCUUAUCAGUUUAAUAUCUGAUACGAGGGUCAUCGACCCUCACGAUAUUAAUCUAAUUUCUUUCACGGGUGUGGGUCCAAAGGGUCAGCUUGCUGUCUCGGACCCGCCAGUGUCGCCUUGGUAUUGCACUACCUCCUUGGCCGGCGCAGCCCAUCUUUCCUCAUCAGGAAGACCAAUGAAUUUUCAAAUCGGAUCAAGCGUGAUGGUCAAAUCUUAUUAUAAUACGGAUGAAUUACAAUGCUCGCAACUGUAUCAAUAUACUUGA